UCGCGAUGUUAGCCAUAACGUCAUUCCAUGAUGGCUGAAGAUCCUGGCGGGGUAAUUUUCAAUAUCUCUCUCAUUCUUUUUUCUUUUUCUGAAUCCCAGCUUGCCAUAGAGCCAUGGCUGGAUUCACAGCCACGUUAAGCGUCCACAGAACAUUAGUGUCGACAUGCCCAAGAAAGGGAACCGAAAACGGCUGAAAUUUCGGGCUGGGGACGUUUGCUCGGAAUCAGUGACUGUGGCUGAUUACGCUGAUGCCGAUCCGGCCGUUGUGAAGUCUGGUAGGGUGAAAAAGGCUGUUGCAAAUGCAAUUGAAAAAGAAGUCAAAUUAUUAUGUAGCCUGGAAGCAUCUCAGGGUACUGUAGAAGCGGUUCUCUCCUCUGCUGGGACCGUCAAAAUAGAUGGUUUGGACAGCAGCGAUGACUUUGACGCAGAAGAAGAUGGCGACAGUGAACCUAAAGUGAUCCACAAGAAGAAGAACAAGAGGAGAAAGGAGAGCAGUGACGGACAGGAGUAUCCAGUGGACAUCUGGCUUGUGCUUUCUUCUUAUAUUCGACCAGAAGACGUUUGCAGAUUCUCACUAAUCUGUAGAAAUGCAUGGAUGGUCACAUGCACUGCAGUUUUUUGGACCAGGCUAUACAGAAGGCAUUACAGGAUCGAUGUUGACCUGCCGUUUCGUCUGCAGCCUGAUUGCAUUGACAAGAUGUGCAGUCUCAGGGCCCGUGUGAUUCGCUCCCUUUUCCAUUUGUAUGAGCCGUUCAGCUCGCGUGUCUCCAAAAUUCCAACCAUGCCAGAAUCUACACCUACAACUUUGCUCAAUUCCAAGUGCUUAUUGUUCUGGAUAAAAAAGUUGACUGGGACUCGACCAGAAGGAUUGUGGGAGUUCAACUUCAAGUUUUUAAAGCAGGGAAACACAAAGAACGGACAUGCAAAGUCCUUGCGGACGCCCGAACAGUAUGAAGAGGUCCACACAAAUUCGGACUCUGACUGUUACAUGCUUCAAGUGUCAACGUUCAACUUCAUCUUCACCCCUGUGGUCAUGGGCAUGACUCUUACCUUGUUCACCAUCAACGUCAGCACGGACAUGCGCCAUCACCGCGUUCGUCUCGUGUUCCAGGACUCGCCGAUCCGAAGAGGGAAGAAAAGAGGCGAUCAUGGCGGCACACAGGUUGUGCUGGAUCCUGUACACAGUGUGAGGCUUGUGGACUGGUGGCAUCCGCAGUACCCUUUGUCCCAGUAAACAUAAAUGGCUCGCUCUAACUGCGACUACAGCAGAGCGUCACAUCCACAAUCCUCACCGUUUGCUUGCUGCUCGGCCAAGAGAAAUUUGUUCCAACCUCCUGACUUACACAAACUGAGCAUUUAUUGGUCGAUAAAAAUGGCCUUCCCAAAACUCCCUUCAAAUCGAUCACUGGCGAGUCGUGCAGAAAGCCACAAAAGAUAACGUGAGAGGGAUGCAAAGUCCUCCCUCCGCUGCCUGCUUUUUUAAUAGAUAAUCAUAAUACAUGGCCACUUGAUGACCGCUUCAGCAAAUUCUGUUAAGUUAUGUGAAUGCAUGCACACAAUUUUUAUUUUUAAACCAUAAAAACUGUCCCUGUCCACAUCCUGAUAGUGAUAACCAUAUAUUGAUUUAAUCAGAUAAUUUAAUCAUAAACUCACAAUGUAUUGUGUGAUAAGUGGCCAGUGAGAACAUUUACAUCGCUGUUUAUCUUUUCAUGUUUCUUGGCUUUACACUUACAUACACACACUGGAAAAAAAACUUGACUUUGUGUGAAUUGAAUCCCUUCCUUCGACCACUGUAAUAACUGCCCUUGUGUUAAGCGUAUUGAAUGUCAAAUCGUACAUGGGUCUGCUGUACUUGAUCAUAAUGUGCAGUGGAGGGAAGACGCUACCUCAGAAAAGGAUUCAAUCUGAAUUGUUUAGCAGCUUUAAUAAAACGUGGCAUCUCUUCAUCUGAUAAUGUGCUUUGAAGACUCGUAGAGACAAACAUUUGGCAGAUGCCAAUUGCGUGUUUUAGUUGGGGAUCAACUAGUUACUCUAACAUUAAUUGUCUUGAAAUGAAUAAAAAGCAAACUUCCCCUUUGAAUGCCA